AUGAAAUUGGCAAGGUUGCUUCUCCUUUUAGUUGCUUACUGGAAAAAUAUUUUUCUCCUUUGUUUGGUUUUAGGCUUUCUUCAUUUGACAAAUGCUACAGAUGGUGCAAAUGAGACAGACCGAGCAGCGCUGCUUGCUUUCAAGGACCGGAUAACUGACGAUCCUUUUGAGGUGUUGAGCUCAUGGAAUGAUUCUGUACAUUUCUGCCUGUGGCGGGGUGUGAUAUGCAGCGCCAGACACCAACGAGUCACUACCUUAAACCUGCAACACCAGAAACUAUGGGGGUCUAUGUCGCCCUACAUUGGAAAUUUGAGCUAUCUUCACCAACUGGUUCUUGAUAACAAUAGUUUCACUGGAGAAAUUCCUCAAGAACUCGGAGGCUUAAAGAGAUUAAGAAUUUUGUGGUUGAGGAACAAUUCACUUGACGGUGAGAUUCCAACCAGCCUUUCUAAUUGCUCCAGUCUCGUGGAAAUCCAGCUGUCUCGAAACCGUCUAGUAGGAAAGAUUCCUAGGGAGUUCAGCUCUCUCUCGAACCUUAGGCUGAUCCGUGCUGCAUUAAACAACCUCACAGGCAGCAUACCUCCUUCUUUUGGGAACUUAUCGUCUCUUCAGAUUCUUGGGUUUGCUUCCAACAGUCUCACUGGGAGCAUUCCAAAUGAGCUAGGACAGCUGAAAAGGCUAGAAUAUAUUGGAAUAAGUGAAAACAAAUUGUCUGGUACCUUCCCCCAAACAAUAUUCAAUCUCUCUGUGCUUACAACUAUUUUUGCACCUCUGAACCAAAUUCAAGGGACACUUCCAUCUUAUCUAGGCUUUACUCUUCCAAACCUAUAUUAUUUUGCCAUUGCGGAUAACCAGUUUACAGGAACAAUUCCCCUUUCGAUGUCCAAUAUGUCAAAUCUUCAGUCUCUUUUCAUUGGAGGCAACAAAUUUACAGGCAGCGUUCCUAAUUUGGCAGAGUUGCAUAAACUUAAUCGUCUAGAUAUCUCUGGCAAUCACCUGGGAAGUGGCGACUCCAAUGAUCUAAGCUUCAUCUCCACUUUGACAAAUGCCUCUAAUUUGGAAGAAUUGGAUCUAUAUGAUAACAACUUUGGAGGGGAAUUACCUGAAUCUUUUGGAAAUCUCUCAACAAAGCUCACAGGGCUGUUGGUAAGUGACAAUCAACUGUCAGGAAGAAUUCCAAAUUGGAUAGGAAAUUUCGUCAACUUGAUCGAUAUUGAUAUGAGGGGCAACCAAUUCACGGGCAUAAUCCCCAUUGAGGUUGGAAAGCUACGAAGUAUACGGAUUUUGGACCUUUCACACAACCAUUUAUCAGGGAACACUCCUACCUUCUUAGGAAAUUUAAGUCUGCUAACUAAGCUCCACCUGGAUGACAACAAAUUUUAUGGUGAGAUCCAUCUACUCUGGGACUGUGCCAAACAUUGCAAGCACUAAAUUUAUCCCAAAACAAACUUAGUGGCAUAAUUCCUCCGCAAGUUUUUGA